ACGACCACAGGCACUUCCGUUUCCAGGUCUUACUUCCGGAAGUCGCUUUCUGAGGCGGCCUUCCUACUCGUGUGGUCUUUGUGACUUCCACCAUGGCGUACCGCGGCCAGGGCCAGAAGGUGCAGAAGGUGAUGGUGCAGCCCAUCAACCUCAUCUUCAGAUACUUGCAAAAUAGGUCUCGGAUUCAGGUGUGGCUAUAUGAGCAAGUGAAUAUGCGGAUAGAGGGUUGUAUUAUUGGCUUUGAUGAAUACAUGAACCUCGUAUUAGAUGAUGCAGAAGAGAUUCACUCUAAAACUAAGUCAAGGAAACAACUGGGUCGGAUCAUGCUGAAAGGAGACAAUAUUACUCUGCUCCAAAGUGUUUCCAACUAGAAACUCAGGCACUCAGAAAUUGAAGAGAAAGUACAGUGUUUUUAAAGGUGUAUUCUGCUGGGAGCACAGUCCAAAACAUUUAUUCAUAUUGUUUUAGUGGCCCUUAUGUUAUUAUCAGGUGACAAUAAAUACUGUGAGGUUGUUUUUGUUACAAUUUUAA